AUGUUUAUUGCAACACUCAAAGAAAACGUAAAAAAUGAAACACCUGAACAACGCGAAGUACAACGACUUCGAGAUCGCGAAAGAAAGCGCGAAAAAAGAGCUAAUGAUGGUGUGAAUGAUGGUGAGAAUGAUAUAAAUAAUGGCAUGAAUGGUGCGAAUAAUCGAGUAAAUGAUGCGAAUGUUAUAAUUGAUGAUGUGAAUGGAGUAAAUGAUGAUGUGAAUGAUGGUGUUAACGAUGAUAUGAAUGAUGAUAUGAAUAAUGAUAUGAAUAAUAUGAAUAAUGGUAUGAAUAGUGCGAAUAUUGUAAUUGAUGGUGUAAAUGAUGUGAAUGAUGUGAAUGAUAGUGUAAAUGGUGUUAAUGGUGGUAUGAAUAAUAGUAGUGAACAAAUGAGACAAGAAAGUCGAUUAACUAAUGAUGAGCAAGAAAUGCAACAUGCCAAUAUUCAGGAGAUACAAAUUAGUACAACUACACCUGUUGAACUACUUUCUGCCGCUGAUCUUAUUGUACGCCGCUAG